UGCCGGACGGCGCGUGCGCGUCGCAGACAAUUGAAGAUGGCGAUGGUUGCGGUGACGGUUGGGGCCGCCCGGAGCUCGCGAGCGCUGCCGUCCCGGAGAUGAGGCGGCGGCGGCAUCACCGAAACCGCGAGUCCAAACACAACCCCGCCGGGCCCUUGGGGGGGAGGGGGGUGGUGGUGGAGUGGGAAGAAGAAACUAGUCUGCGGCUACACUUCUCAUAAUGGCAGAAAAUCCACCACCACUUGACGCAACCUCGCGUCUCAAUGUUGAUUUGUCUCUUCUACCUCCUCUGGUGAAUGGAGAUGGGACGCAGGUUAUUUUGGUUCAAGUCAAUCCAGGUGAGACAUUUACCAUUAGAAGAGAGGAUGGACAACUUCAGUGCAUUACAGGUCCUGCUCAGGUUCCAAUGGUGUCCCCAAAUGGUUCAGUGCCUCCUAUUUAUGUGCCUCCAGGAUAUGUAUCACAGGUUAUUGAAGAAAAUGGUGUUCGAAGGGUGCUGGUGUUACCUCAACAGCCAGAAUUUCACCCUGGCAGUCAUCCACCAAUACAUCCACAUCCAUAUAUGCCUACAUUUCUUCAUCCACCUGUCCUACAACAUCAUCAGAUGUACUCUACAGGACCAGGUGAUGUUGCUACACAAUAUGUUCCACAACAUCAUCCUCCACAUUCGUAUGCAGAUCAAGAAUCUCAUCCCGCUCAUGGAAGGUCCAACUAUAUCCACAGAGAUGAAAGGACUAGCAAAGCAUAUGAUCGCUUACAAAAGAAACUGAAAGAAAGACAAGCUAAUGGGUCAAAAGACAAAAUUAGCAGCCCAUCAUCUUCUCCCCAUAAGUGCCAUUUUGUGUCUCUUACCAGUGAACAGAAUGAACAAGGUAUCCUUGAAAAAUGUAUAGGAAUAGAGAAGAAUAAACAGGAUGAUGAAAAAGAAGGUACACCUGAAAAAGAUGCAAAAAUGUCUGAUGAAGAUGCAGACAAAAAAGUUAUUGAAGCAGUGCUGUCCAGUGUUAGCAAACCAAUGGUAUCUGACAUCCAGGCACGAACAGUUGUUCUCACUUGGGCUACUCCUUCAGCCACAAUAAAAGAUGAUGCUGCUAGUGAUUUUUUAUCUGAACCCUACAGCUAUGAAGUUGCUAUUUCAAAUGGUGGGAAAGAUGAGAAGUUCAAAGUUGUCAAUGUAGGCAAGGACGAGGGUGUAACAUUACAGGAUCUAAAGCCGGCCACAGACUACCAUGCUAGGGUGCAAGCAGUGUGUAACCUUAUAAGAGGGGCCCCAUCGGAAUCGGAGAGUUUUAGAACAUUGUGCAGUGAACCAGAUACACCAAUGGCACCUAGAGUAAUAAACAGGACCAAACAUUCUCUCAGUCUACAGUGGAAGGUCACAUGUGAUAAUGGUUCCAAAAUCUCCAAUUAUAUUCUGGAAUGGGAUGAGGGUAAAGGAAGCAAUGAAUUUUCACACUGUUAUUCGGGGCCACAAAAACAAUUCAAAGUUACCAAAUUAUCACCAGCUGUCGCUUACAGGUUUAAGUUAGCAGCAAAAAAUGAACUUGGAAUGAGUGGCUUCAGUGAAGAAGUGGUAUUCUACACAUCUGGGAGUGUCCCUCCUACACCAGCAGCUCCGCAGCUCAUUAAAGCUGGAGUCACAUGGUUGUCAUUACAUUGGAGUAAGCCAUCAGGAACUCUGUCCGAUGAGGGCAUUUGUUAUAUUUUAGAAAUGGAAGAUGAAACCUCAGGAUAUGGGUUUAAACCAAAAUAUGAUGGAGAGGAUCUUGCAAGUACAUUAAAAAAUCUUAGAAGAAGCAGUACGUAUAAAUUUAAGGUUAUUGCGUACAAUUCAGAAGGGAAGAGCAACCCUAGUGAAGUCGCAGAGUUUACCACUCAUCCAGACAAUCCCGGAUUGCCAAGUAAACCUUUGGUGAAGGGGAAAAUACAUGCUCACAAUUUUAAAAUAACAUGGGAACCACCCAAGGAUAAUGGAGGAUCAGCAAUUACAAAGUAUGUUGUUGAAAUGUCAGAAGGUGUAAAUGGAAACGAGUGGGACAUCGUUUACAGUGGAUCUGCCAGAGAACAUGUUUGCGACCACCUAAAUCCUGGCUCCACAUAUCAGUUGCGUGUUUACUGCAUCAGUAAAGGAGGGCAGAGUCUGGUUUCUGAAACAUUACAAGUACAGACGCCAGCAGUUCCUCCGGGACCAUGCCAACCACCUAGACUUGUGGGUAAACCUCGAGCAAGAGAAUUACAGUUACGUUGGGGCCAACCUCCUGUGAUCGGUGGAUCCCAAGUAAUAUGUUUUAAGCUAGAAAUGCCUGCAUCGGACCUGAAUGAUCCCAAGGAAGUAUACCAAGGAUCUGACACAGAAUGUACAAUCAGCAACCUGCUUCCAGGAAGGAUGUACAGUUUUCGACUUCGGGCUGCAAACAAAGCUGGCUAUGGACCUUUCUCAGAAAAAUGUGAGAUAUGUACAGCAGCAGGAUGUCCUGAUCAAUGCAAAGCUCCACAUGUUACGUGUAAAACAGCCACGUGUGUGCAUGUUAGCUGGACUGUACCAGCUGAUAAUGGUGCUGAAGUGACAGAGUAUCGACUGGAAUGGGGAGUAGUGGAAGGUGUCAUGCAAAUAUGUUACUGUGGACCUGGUCUCGGUUACGAAGUAAAAGGACUUUCGCCAGCCACUACCUAUUUCUGUAGAGUUCAGGCAUUGAAUAUUGCCGGUGCAGGUCCUUUCAGCGAUGUGGUUUUGUAUAUGACUCCAGCAUCUGUUCCGGCUGCUGUGGGUUUCCUUCAAGUUAUGGAUGACGAUCAGCUGGAUGUGCCACUUGAAUCCCAGUCAACUUGUCUUGCCAUUGAGUGGGAAGAACCUUGUGAUCAUGGUUCUGAAAUAACAAGCUACAGUAUUGACUUUGGUGAAAGGCAACCAAUCAUUGUGGACAGAUCCACUAGCUAUGUCAUACAAAAUCUGCAACCAGAUACCACUUACAGGCUGCGAGUACAAGCUAUAAACAGCAUUGGAACUGGUCCUUUCAGCCACACUAUUAAAGCAAAAACAAAACCACUGCCCCCAGAACCACCUCGGAUAGAAUGUGUGGCCUCCACUCAUCAGAUUCUGAAACUCAAAUGGGGAGAGGGUACUGCAAAAACCUUGGCAUCAGAUGCCAUACAGUAUGUCUUGCAAAUGGAAGAUAAGAACGGAAGAUAUUCAACGCUAUACAAGGGACCAUGUCACACAUAUAAAGUUCAGAGGCUCAGUGAGUCCACAUACUACAGAUUUAAAAUCCAGGCAUGUAAUGAAGCAGGUGAAGGACCAUUUUCUGAAGUUUACACUUUCAUGACCACCAUAUCUCCCCCAUCUCCUCUUAAAGCUCCAAGAUUAGAGCAACUAAAGGAAAAUGUUUGUGAUCUCAACUGGGAACCCUUGCCAGCAAUGAAGGGGGAUCCAAUUGUUUACAGCGUUCAAGCCAUGGUUGGCAAAGACUCUGAAUUCAAGCAGGUAUAUAAGGGUCCAGAAACAACCUUCCAAAUUUCAAACCUCCAGUUAAACUGUGAAUAUCGUUUUCGAGUGUGUGCCAUUCGCCAGUGCCAAGGCACUCAAGGGUUUCAUGAUCUGGUGGGCCCUUACAGUGCUACUGUAACAUUAUAUUCUCAGAGAAAUGAAACACCAACCAGCAACAGCAAAGACACUACAGAAGCCACAAAGACAGCACAGACAUUAAGUGAUGAGCAGUGUGCUGCCCUUAUCCUUGCAUUGUUUGCCGUAGUCUCUGUUUUGAUUGCUUUCAUUGUUCAAUACUUUGUCAUCAAGUGAAAAGUUCUUAGUAUUUCAGUGUCUCUCUGCCAUGUAUUACUUGUGUUGUAAUAUCGAAUUAUUGAUGUUAAUUAUGCUUUUAAACUGAUGAUGGUAUCCAAUCUUGCAUAGAGACUCUUUGCCAGUAUCGCGACCAUUGUCGCUCCCUUAAAUCUUGCUUGUUAACAAAAAUCUGGCAGUGUAGAAAUAGUGUUCCAUCAGAGAUGUGUUGGAAGUAGCAACAGUCUUAUACAAGAAGUGACAACUGGUUAAAUCCAGUACCAUUUUGCAUAGGACCGCUUUAAGCUGCUUCUGAAUGUUGACGUGGCAUGUUUGGAGUUAGCGUUUUUAAACUUUCGAUAAGGGAUCAUGUGAAAAUGCUCAGAUGAAUGGAAGAGAAAUUUGAUGUUCUUUAGUGCAGUCUGCUAAAUAUGUUACAGGAACAAAAAUUGGGUGUGUUAAAUUUUGUGAAGUUAGAUAAAGUUUAUAACAGUUGCAAGAAAAACAGUGAGCCCAAACUGUGAAACUUUGAAUCUUUGGCAGUUGUGCAAUUCCUGCCUUUUUGCAAAUGUAGCUGAAAAAAAUGAAGGGGGACCUUCUGGACUAAAUUGCCAGUAAUACAAGAAACUUGUGAUUGUGUGGAUAAAAGCUACUCCAUGUGUGAUACGGUUAAAUAUUUCAGUAUUAAGGUCUUUGUAUCACCAAGACAAACUAAAAGUAUCAUGUUUUACAAAGGUGGGUAAUUCCUGCUCUACUGUCCUACACACACAUACACACACAAGUUAUAAUGGAUCUUUAUAUUUACUGUUUCACAUAUUACAUCUUUGGCAUUUUUUAAUUUUAGCAUUUUUUAGCAAAGAAAUGCUUUGCAAUUGAAAAUUAUUUAAAAAUUCAUCUUAAAUCCAUAUUAAAAUUAACAAUUCCAUACAGGGAUUGCCUAUUCGAGACAAAAAUCCAAACCAUAAAUGAGAGUUCCUGCCAAACUAAAAAUAAACACUAAUAGCACCAAGUAUCACUAAAACAACACUACAACAAAACAACACAGAAAAUAUUGGCUGCAUUGCAGAGAUAAUAUAUUUCAGAAGGUUGCAUAUCAGCCAUGUUGUAGUUUGCAACUAUUGUAUCCAGUGGCGGACUUGGUCUAAAAAUAUUGGUUGCCAGGAGACAAAGGGGGGCCACCCACAACUACAAUGCUAUCAUUUAACAGGGGCCCACUUGCCAUCACUUGCUAUCACUUCAUCAGGGGCCCACUUGCCAUCGGGCAAGCUGACACCCUGGCCAGUCCGCCACUGAUUGUAUCAUAUAUAUCAUCUGGAACUAUGCCCUAUGCCCGAAUGGAAGGCCAGUUGUUAUUGGUCUGAUAGUUCAAUUAAACUUCCUAGCACCUUAAAUGCUGUCUCCAUAAUUGCACAUAAUCGGAAUAGAUUCUGUUGAUAAAGAAAUUGAUUUGUUAGAGUAUUACAUGUCCUUCAAUUAAUAUUAUUUUAUUCAUAUACCGUGCAAUUAAUUCUAAUUUUUUUGGUUAGUCUCUUAUUUAUUCUAAAAAUAGAUAUAAAGUCCUAGGUUAUUAACAUUCAGUAGUGUGCGCUACCAGUUAUGUUGUGCUGCAAAUCACUUUGUUUUAUGUGUCACUUUAUUUGAAGGAGGGAAGGGGUAUAUGAAAGUUUGAUAUAUACGCGCAAAUCCUGUACAAAGUGAACUUUCUGCAUUGUCAGGUACGUUUACAUUUCCCUUUUACUUUUUAAGUUGAGUUGUGUUGCACUUCAAUGUUAGCAAGUGUUACCCAAAGAAAGUAUACUGUGCAUCUCAAAUGCUGAGUUUCAUGUCUGAUCCUUUCCUUUGAUCACCAACUGCUGAAAUCUUUAUGCAUUUUUUUUAAAGCCGCUAGCAAAUCAGAAGCAUCAUUUAUCUUUCCAGGUUUUCCUUAGCUUUAUUUUAACCCAAUCAGAAAUCAAACACACUUAAUAUGUCCCUCUAAAACUGCAGCUUUAAUUACAUUUCAUAUACAUUGGUUAAAUCAUCUGGCUCGGUGGGAUUUUUUUCCCUAUUUCCACAAUGGUAGCUUUUUCUAUUGUGACACUGGCAUCUUCGGUAAAAAAAAACACACAAGUUUUGGCCAGAAUCUGUAAGAUUCCGUUGUUUAGUGGAUUUCUGAUGGCUCUCUUUCAUGACAAUGUGGGCUCAAUUUUCAAACAUUCUGCUAAAUUUCUUGUUGAAAUUUCUUGUUGAAAAGCUGGAAGAGUUUAUUUUGACAGUCAAAUUUAAAUCCAUUCCUAUUUUUGAUAGUUGCAUAUGAUCAGUCAUUUAUAAAUGUAAUUGUAUUUUCCAUACUCUCAUUGCCAUUUCCUGUAUUGGGGGGCAGUGUUUUUAGAUGUAACUAAGCUUCACAGUUACCUCAUUGAUUGUACAUUCCAAAAACUAUGGAAACUUUUGGAACCGUUCCAAAUAUACAGCAUAUCACUUGUAUUAUGUCCGAUUUAGUACUGAUGAUGUAAAGCUGCCAUAACAUGUAUAAACUCUGAAAUAUGUAUCUAAAUCCAAAUUGUAAAACAGCAGGUAAUACAUAAAACAAAAUUCAUGCACAAUAAAUAAUGUAUGAUU